GCGGGGUUUUAUUCAAGAUGGCUGCCAAGCAGGAAGAUGCUGGUGAAGGUGAAAUUUCGGCUUCCUGCUGCUGGAGAAACGUGAAAGCCUUCAGAGAUUUUGCAACAAAUUCAUCUCUUAAAAGUGUUUCAUCCAGGCAGGUGUGCCAAAUGCUAAGGCCAUGUCAUUAUCUCCAUUGACGUCAGCGCUCCCGUGACGCGCACAAGACGUCCACGCUGCUCAGCCGCCAUGACAGUCUCAUGUACUGUAAGUUCACUUAUGGUAUUCAGAGAUGGGUUGCACGAAAUGUGACAUUUGGGGGAUCAAAUGGGCGGCCAUUUGGUUGCAGGCCACAUCCUUUACCACUCAUCCACAGGCAGUAAUGGCUGACAGGCGUCUCAUCAGCAGCAGCGGCAUCCUCGCCACCGGACAGGUCACCAGGCCCGUUUGGCCCUGGACGGACUCACCGGGACGACCGAGCACUGGUGUCGCAUGGCAUGAGUUGAGUUUGAGAGGAUCCCUCACAUGACGUCUUUUUCGAUGCAAUCAUUGCCCCUUUUCUACCCUCUUUGCCCUCCAUGUGUGCCGCCCCACCCACCCUCAGCGUGGCAUGACUUUAAUUCACCACCUGAGACGGUCGACCAUGUUUGUUGAGGGCGGCGCUGGGAUAUCCCCAUGUCAAGGUGUCCAUGAAUGAUAGCCCUGUUUUGCUCUCACGCAGGCCUUAUCUACGCCGGCCCAAGGGGGUUGCCUGGCAACCAGGCGGGUGGUGGGUUACGGAGCUUUCUGGACUUGACGUAAGUUUUGACGAUGGGUGUUCCCGCUUUCUCGGGUUGGGUGUCGUCACGGUUUCUUCGCUUUCGGCUCACUUUCUUCACGCCGACAACUCCGUGAGCGCCGUGCCAGAGACCAGGUGGGAGUACCUGCAAGCAGGUAAGGGGUGUGGCCUCGUCUGGGCCAGAGACACCUUUCAGGACACUGCGGGGACAAGGCAGAUACUUGAAGGCGUCUCCGUUCUAGUGCUGCCUACUGCAAAGCCUUGAUUUUAGUCAAAUUAACUUUUGGUAGACGUACCUACUUCCAAUCUUAACCCCCUGAGACAGGAUUAUUGUAAUUUGUUGCUAUUGUUAGGCAACAUACCACUUUUCUGUUAAUCUACCUGCUAAAACUUUGCUGUUUCAUUAUUUAUUUUUUAAACAGAUUCUCACUCCAUUUGGGGCAUUUGCAAGGAUAUUGUGAGGAUGCUAGUGUUGUUUUACUGCAGCCCUGUGUGCUACGGUAGCUUAUAGUUUUGGGCUGCAGCAUUAGGAGGACACAUGCUGAGAAGAGGGUGUAACCCAAAAGAUAGAACAUUCAUAGUUCAUGUUUUCAACGGCUGAUUGAUUAUCUGUCUGCAGCCAUGAGUCUGCACGCUUGCAUGUCAAAUAUUAGUCAGGUCUCUUGUGCCGUUCAUGCUCUUUAAAGUCCAUUUAGACUGACAACACAUUUAGGGAACCACAAAUUCAUUCAGAAAUCUUCCUCUUCCGUCCAAAGGGCAUGUACAAAAGUAGCUGAGAGCGUCAACGCAGAAAGCACCCAUGGAAAAGACGUUCAGUUUCCACGAGGCCUUGGACAUGUCAUAUGAAGACAAUGACGCAGCCCUCCCCUCGCCACUGACAAUGACUCCAGCAGACCUCCGUGAUGUGGAGAUCGGGAGGAAACAUGACGAUGACGAUGAAGCACCCGUAGAAAUGUACAACAUCCCCACCAAUUCAGAGGCCUUCCUCAACCUCAACCUCAACACCAACGCCACCACUAGAGGAGACGCACAGGCGUACGUGGAGCUAAACGAGCUGCAGGGAAACACCUGGCAGGAGACGGGCCGCUGGGUGGGCUACGAGGAGAACUUCAACCCCGCCACAGGGAAGUGGAGUCCUUCUCACGUGUCUUACUUGACCUUCAAGAGUCUCAUCCAGCUACGCAAGACCAUGAGCACAGGUGCCGUCAUCUUGGACCUGAACGCCAGCAGUCUGUCCGCGGUGGCCGAGAAGGUGGCCGACGAGCUCCUCGACAAGAACGAGAUCCGAUCUAGCGAUCGGGACGCCGUGCUCAGAGCUCUCCUCAUGAGACGCAGCCAAAUUGGGGGGCCAGAGGUCACCCCCUCAGGAGACAUCCAGAUGCAGACUUUUUCAGUUACUCAGAAGAGAGACACAUCUGACAACAUGGAGGCGUCCAUCGUCCUCUCAGGUGUCUUGGAUGUCCUGGAGAAGCCGGUGGUGGCUUUUGUCCGACUGAGAGACUCGGUGGUGAUGGAGUCAACCCUGGAGUGUCCCGUUCCGGUCCGCUUCGUGUUUGUCCUGAUGGGUCCCAGCCAGAGUGGAGUGGACUACAGCGAGAGCGGCCGCGCCAUGGGUGCUCUCAUGGCCGACUGGGUGUUCUGCUUGGAGGCUUUCCUGGCCGAGACGGACAAAGACCUGACCAACGCCAUUGCAGACUUUAUGGACUGCAGCAUUGUCAUCCCCCCUACUGAGAUCCAGGACCAGGGUAUGCUUGAGCCCGUCAUCAAGUUCCAGAAAAAGAUGCUCCAGGAGAGACUCCGCCCCAACGACACCCGUCUCGCCUAUGGUGACAGGGUGAAAGUUGAUAAAGCUCCAGAGCCUCCAAGAGAAGACCCUCUGGCCCGUACAGGGAUCCCCUUUGGUGGGAUGGUGAAAGACAUCAGGCGUCGGUACCGCCACUACAUCAGCGACUACACCGAUGGCCUCAACGCUCAGGUCCUGGCUGCCGUCAUCUUCAUUUACUUCGCCGCCCUGUCACCGGCCAUCACCUUCGGAGGGCUUCUAGCUGACAAAACCGAGAGGAUGAUGGGCGUGUCGGAGCUGAUGAUCUCCACCAGCAUCCAAGGUAUCAUCUUCUGCAUCAUCGCCGCCCAGCCCAUCCUCGUCCUCGGCUUCUCCGGACCGCUGCUGCUCUUCGAGGAGGCCUUCUACACCUUCUGCAAGUCCCAGGGCAUCGAGUACAUAGUGGGCCGCAUCUGGGUGGGCAUGUGGCUGGUGGUGAUCGUGUUCAUCAUUGUGGCCGUGGAAGGCAGCUUCCUGGUGCGCUUCAUCUCCCGCUUCACCCAGGAAAUCUUUUCCAUCCUCAUCUCUCUCAUCUUCAUCUACGAGACCUUCUAUAAGCUCUUCAAGAUCUUCAAGGCCCACCCGCUGAUCCUGAACUACGCACAGCUCAAUGCCUCCCUGGAAAACCCCUUCCACCAUGUCGUCACGAAAAGUCACGUCCACAACGCCAGCAACGAGACCGGCCAUGAGACGCUGUCUGAGAUGAAGGGCUAUCCCAACACCGCCCUGCUGUCCAUGUGUCUCAUGCUGGGAUGCUUCUUCAUCGCCUACUUCCUGCGACUAUUCAAGAAUGGUACCUACCUGCCCGGCCCACUGAGACGCUUGAUUGGCGAUUUUGGCGUCCCCAUUGCAAUUUUUGUCAUGAUCGCUGUGGACAUCAACAUUAAGGACACUUACACUCAGAAACUUGUGGUGCCAAGAGGUGUCCAGGUGACCAACCCACAGGCCAGAGGCUGGUUUAUCAACCCCAUGGGGCAAAAGAUGCCCUUCCCCAUCUGGAUGAUGGCUGCUUCCUGCGUCCCGGCGCUGCUCGUCUUCAUCCUCAUCUUCCUGGAGUCCCAGAUCACCACGCUGAUCAUCAGCAAACCGGAAAGGAAGAUGGUGAAAGGGUCCGGCUUCCAUUUUGACCUGCUCCUCUUGGUCGUUAUGGGUGGCAUCUCUUCUAUAUUCGGGGUACCCUGGCUGAGUGCCGCCACCGUGCGCUCCGUCACUCACGCCAACGCGCUCACCGUCAUGUCCAAGGGCCCCAAACCGGAGAUAGAAAAGGUGGUGGAGCAGAGGAUCAGCGGCAUUCUCGUGGCCAUCCUGGUUGGUGUGUCUAUUUACAUGGAGCCUAUCUUGAAGAUGAUCCCAAUGACGGCCUUGUUUGGCAUCUUCCUCUACAUGGGUGUCACGUCCCUGAAUGGCAUCCAAAUGUGGGAUCGGAUUCUUCUGUUGAUCACCCCCAAGAAGUAUUACCCAUCGGACGCCUACGCCACCAGGGUGACGGCCAUGCGGAUGCACCUGUUCACCCUGAUCCAGCUGGUGUGCCUGGCCGUCCUGUGGGUGGUGAAGAUGAGCCCCUUCUCGCUGGCGCUUCCCUUCAUCCUCCUCCUCACCGUGCCCCUGCGUAUGGUCAUGACCGGCACAGUCUUCACGACUUUGGAGAUGAAAUGUCUUGAUGCGGACGAUGCGAAGGUGAAGAUUGAGGAGGAUGUCGGGGAGGACGUGUACAAUGAGUCUCCAUUGCCUUGAGUAAACGAAAAGUAGAGGUUUUUAAGGUGAAUUGAAUCGUACCGGGGCGGGGGGAAAGGAUAUUGGGUAUGUUUUUACAAAAAAAAUGUUUGCUUAUCUAUUUAUCUUAAAAGGUUGCAGCCGCUAUCUCCUCUCACAUUAUUUUCCUUUCAUAUAGCUUUAGUUUUGGGAUUCAUUUUGUUCACCAUUGUUUUUCCAGAUGUGGAAUUUUCCUUCUUAACCCGAUCCUGUGUGGAAGUUUCUUUUUGAAAUGUGAGGUCAAAUCAUUUGAAUGCAUUCUUACUUACGCUUCUUACGCCUUUGAGCAGGCAGUGCAUGUCGAGGUCUAAUGUUGUGUAAACAAAUAUUUAUCAUAUUUUCACUCCCAUGCGUCAAGAUGUUUUUCUGUGGGUGAAAUUUUAAAAGGUCUUUCCUCUUCUGUCUGUAUAUUUAGCAUUGUAUGAAGAUUUCAAUUCAUGCUUUUGAGACAUUCUGAAGUGUGUGUGUGUGUGUGUGAUGUUGCUUUUCAUGAGACACGGUGGGGGAAAAUAGAUUUAACUGGUGCUGCUUAUUGAAAAACAGUAAGAAAAACCUUUAUACAUGUUUAUCCAUGUCUAUGCCAAAUAGUAUUGUGUAUGCUUAGGAAUUUAAUAUUAAAAUAAAACCCUGCUGUCAAAUGUUAUGGUGUUUUCUG